AUGUAUCCUUCCGACCCAUUCUUUGGUUCGAUAUGGACUGCCGCGUUAGCAGGAUCUUCAACGACCUAUGCCAUACAAGAUGGCCUGGUGGGAACUUCAAUCAAAUCGUGGGAUUCAAAGUUUCCUCAAGCAGAGUUUUCUCAUAACCAUGCUGUUAACCGGAGUACUCGCUUCAUUCCGUUUCAGAUCGUUUACAGUUUGGUUCCUCUUGCGCCCACUGAUCUAUCUACCUUACCAGACCGCCAGUGUCUUCAUGGAGACGCAGAGACAUUCAUGGAACAGCUUGUGGAGACGCAUGCUCAAACUAAAGCCAACUUGGAAACUGUGGUGUCAAAGUAUAAAAUUGCAGCUGAUGCACAUCGUCGACGGCUUGCCUUUGACGGAGGCGAUCUUGUCUGGGUGGUUUUGACUCGUGACUGUAUGCCGGCACAUGCGUAUAAUAAACUCAAGGCAAAGAAGAUCGGCCCGGUGGAAGUUCUUGAACAUAUAAAUGACAACGCCUAUCGACUACGCCUUCCUUCGGAUAUCACUACUUCUGAUGUUUUCAAUGUCAAGUACCUGUCCCGAUAUUUUCCGCCGGACGUCCCUUAA